ACAUCGUCACGUCCACAAAAUCCACCGGAACAGUCAACUGCAGAGUAAUAAAAACAUAAACUAAAAAGCACCCACGUGUACUACACUGUAUGGUAACAGCCGUAAUCCUCGUGUGAAUGCACCAACAAAAUUAUAGGACUAGAACACUGGAUCGCCUCUCUUUCCAUUAAAAGUCGGCCUUACCCACCAAGAAACUUCCGGGCACAAAAAUAACAGUAAAAAAAAAAAAAAACGGGGCUGAGUUGCCAGAAAAGCUCUCAGCCUAAAAUAUGAGUCUUGUAGAGGAAGAUUGAAGAGAAAUAAAAGAGAAUACGUAGAGGAUUUUGGUCGGUGCGAGAAACGAAGGACGGAGAACCAAACGCGACGCUCCGGAGUUUCUCUUCAACUUCUCCGAUUCGAUUUCAGUUUCCCAGCUGAUACUUCUUUUUCCUUUCUUUUUCAAUUGUAGUUUCUUUUUUUGGAGUACAUUUUUUUUUGUUUUGUUUUGCGGCAAUGUCCGACGAGACGUCGUCGUCUUCUGGAAUCGUCUUAGAAGGAAUUGAUGACGUGGAAGACUACCAUUGGGCAAAUGAAGGAGUGGGAUCAUUGCCAUGGGACCGAUAUAGUCAUGUUUAUGAUCAUGUGCAAAAUGGAAACCAAGCAUUCCGAGAGAAUCGUUUUGAGGAGGCAAUCAACAAUUACUCAAGGGCCAAUAAUAUGAAACCUGGUGAUCCUGUUAUUCUCGGUAACAGAAGUGCUGCCUACAUGCGGAUUAGUCUAUUUCUGAAACGUAGAUCUCCAACAGCUUCUGAAUAUAGACCAUUGAAUGGGCUGGACAUGACAACACUUGCUGAACUUGCUCUUAAGGAUGCUGAGAGGUUAAUAAGCUUGCAGAAUGAUGCAGUAAGAUCCUAUAUCUUAAAGGCUAAUGCUCUCAUUUUGUUGGAAAGAUAUGAAAUAGCACGAGAUAUUAUUCUUUCUGGUCUUCAACUCGAUCCUUUCAGUGACAUUCUCCGGGCUUCUCUUCGGAGUUUGGAGAGAAUGCCUUCCAGUUUGAUGCGGACUAGAGGCCAUGAGGGCCCUGAACGCACUGAUGACUUUGAUUGCACACUUUGUCUGAAGUUACUAUAUGAACCUAUAACAACACCUUGUGGGCAUUCUUUUUGCCGCUCUUGUUUAUUUCAGUCAAUGGAUCGUGGCAACAAAUGUCCAUUGUGUCGAACAGUGCUCUUCAUCAGUCCUAGAACAUGUGCAAUAAGUGUAACACUAAACAACAUCAUACAAAAGAACUUCCCAGAAGAAUAUGCUGAAAGGAAGUCAGAGCAUGAUAGUCUGAUCAAUCUUGGUAAUGAUCUGAUACCUCUUUUCGUCAUGGAUGUUGUCAUCCCUUGUCAGAAGUUUCGACUCCACAUAUUUGAACCCCGGUACAGACUUAUGGUGAGGAGAGUAAUGGAAGGGAAUCACAGGAUGGGAAUGGGCAUCCGUGAUCCUGCUACAGAUACCAUUGCUGAUUUUGCUUGUGAAGUGGAGAUCACUGAAUGUGAGCCACUUCCUGAUGGACGCUUUUUUCUAGAGAUUGAAAGUCGCCGGAGAUUUCGCAUCCUCAGAUUUUGGGACCAAGAUGGAUAUCGAAUGGCAGAGGUUGAGUGGGUACAAGACAUACCACCAACAGAUGCAAGAGAUAGAGAAGAUUUGCAGGAGUCGACAAAUAAUGCUGCAGCAUUUGCUCGGUCAUGGUUAGAUACAGCAAAAGAAGCAACACGAGAUCAAAGAAGGCUCGAGACACUCUAUAAUGUUGAGGUAAUGAUGCCCAAUCCGCAAGAUCCUGAACGCUUCAGUUUCUGGCUCGCUACUCUGUCGAAUCGAAGGCCGUCAGAAAGAUUGGAACUCCUGCGAAUCAGAGACACGGGAGAGAGAAUAAGACGGGGACUAAUAUAUCUCAGACUAGAAGGACGAGGUCGUAGAAAACAGAUGAAAGAUAACUCAUUAAGAUAUAGAUUACAGCUUUGCACGUUUGUUACUACAUGCUUCCAACAAACUACCUUUUGCUUAACUGUCUUCCUACCAUUUUGUCCAUACAAGUUCCUUGUUGGUAUUCUCUCCCUCUUUCCUUGCCUUUGCCAUUCACCACCAAAGAACCAGCAUGUCCACACCAUCACCACCACUGUCACCGCCACAUUAGCGUACCGUGGUUUCUGGCCACUGCCUUUAGCAAUGGGGGGAGAUCAUCAUAGGCUAGCAAGGCCUCUACAUGUCUCCUCCCUUUCUUUUUUCUUCAUUUUCCUAUACCUCCUUUUGUUAAACCAUUCAAUCUUUGUGUUGGCAAAAGAUGGAGAUGUUAAUCAGAAAACUUCUGCUCCUGCCCCUUCUCCCGUUGUUUCUUCUUUUUCAGCUGCAUUUCGGCCUUCUGAUAACUAUCUUAUCGAUUGUGGAUCUUCUACCGAAACAAAGCUUGAUGAUGGACGAACAUUCAAGUCAGAUUCUCAAACAAGUGGUUACCUAUCGACCAGUGAAGAUGUGCAAGUGUCAAUUGAUUCUAUUCCCAGCAGUGCCUUCUCCAAUUCUACCCCUUCGUCCAUUCAGGAUUUAUAUAAAACUGCAAGGAUUUUCCUUGAUCAUUCAAAAUACACAUUUUUCAUAUCCAAGCCAGGGAAACAUUGGGUUCGUCUCUACUUUUACCCGCUUCCUCACCCUCAGUAUGAUCUAAAAACUGCAGUUUUCACUAUCCAUACAAAUAAGUUUGUCCUUUUACAUGACUUCUCUGUGACUGAUUAUUCUAAGGUGGUUUUCAAGGAAUAUCUUGUUAAUGCUACUGAACAUUUCUCCCUCAUUUUCAAGCCCAAAAAGAAUUCUUACGCAUUCAUCAAUGCCAUUGAGAUCGUAUCUAUCCCUGAUGAACUUCUCUCUGAUUCAGCAUCUUCAGUACCCCAAGGUAACUCUGUCAACGGCUUGCUAAAUUAUGCUUUAGAAGUGUCCUAUCGAUUGAAUAUGGGAGGGCCGACCUUAACUCCAAAAAAUGAUACAUUGUCAAGGACAUGGGUACCCGAUGCCCCAUAUAAUGAGUUUCGUCAAGGCGCUGAAGCCGUGAGUGUGACAGCUUCAAAUAUCAAAUACGAGCCUGAUAAACGGAUGACUCAAUUGGUUGCUCCGAAUCUGGUUUAUGCAACUGCAGAAAGGAUGACAACCGAGGCAUAUGCUGAAUCUGUGGCACCGAAUUUCAAUCUCACUUGGGUGAUGAAUGCUGAUGCAAGUUUUUCCUAUCUCAUCAGAAUGCACUUUUGUGACAUUGUGAGCAAGUCCCGCAAUGACUUGUACUUCAACGUAUAUAUAAACGGCUUAAUGGGGGUGUCAGGUCUUGAUCUCACAACCAAAGCUGGUGACUUGGCCACCGCAUAUUACACAGAUUUUGUGCUCAAUGCCACUGCCAUCACAAAUGAUUCCAUCGUGGUUCAAGUUGGUCCAGCACCCGAUGGUGGUCUGCCUAAUGCCAUCAUCAAUGGCUUGGAGGUCAUGAAGAUGAGCAACAUAGCUGAUAGCUUGGAUGGUUUAUUUGCUAUUGAUGGUUCAUAUAAGGGGGGAUCUAGCAAAUUGAAAGUUGUUGCAAUUUCAGGCCUAGCUAUGGGAUUAUUAGCUAUGUUCUUUCUUGGAAUUGUUUGUAUUAGGUGGAAGAAACGGCCUCAUGAUUGGCAAAAGCGAAAUAGCUUCUCAUCAUGGCUUCUACCUAUUCAAGGUAGCCACACUAGUUUCUUAAGCAGCAAGAGUAGCUCCAGGAAAUCUAGCAUCUUCGGCUCCAGAAAAAGUAAGAGUGGAUACUCCAGUUUUUACUCUAAUAAGGGUUUUGGGAGGUUCUUCACUUUGAAUGAGUUAAAAAACGCAACUCAGAAUUUUGAUGAGAAGACAGUUAUUGGUGUUGGAGGGUUUGGGAAAGUGUUUCUUGGGGCUCUAGAAGAUGGAAUCAAGAUUGCUAUCAAAAGAGGAAACCAGGGUUCAGAACAAGGCAUAAACGAAUUCCAGACAGAAAUACAAAUGCUUUCCAAGCUCAGGCAUCGCCAUCUUGUAUCACUCAUAGGGUUCUGUGAUGAGGAAUCAGAGAUGAUUCUGGUUUAUGAAUAUAUGGCUAAUGGUCCACUUCGUGACCAUCUCUACGGCUCAAACAAACCAACUUUGUCCUGGAAACAACGGCUUGAUAUUUGCAUUGGUGCAGCUCGAGGAUUGCAUUAUCUCCACACUGGUGCAGCACAAGGAAUUAUCCACCGUGACGUAAAGACUACAAAUAUACUUCUUGAUGAGAAUUUUGUAGCCAAAGUGUCAGAUUUCGGCCUUUCAAAAGCUGCACCUAUGGAGCAAGGCCAUGUUAGCACUGCAGUGAAGGGUAGCUUUGGCUAUCUUGAUCCUGAAUACUUCAGGAGCCAACAGCUUACUGAGAAAUCUGAUGUUUACUCUUUUGGUGUACUCCUUUUUGAGGUUUUAUGUGCAAGGGCAGUUAUUUGUCCAGGGCUCCCAAGGGAGCAGGUUAGUUUGGCCGAGUGGGCCAUGCAGUGGCAUAGGAAAGGCAUGAUUGAGAAGAUAGUUGACCCAAAAAUUGCAGGGAGCGUUAGUGAAGGAUCACUCAAAAAGUUUGCAGAAGCUGCAGAGAAAUGUUUAGCAGAAUAUGGAGUUGAUAGACCUAGCAUGGGAGAUGUGUUAUGGAACUUAGAAUAUUCACUACAGCUUCAAGAGGCUUCCUCACAGAUUGAACCACCAGAAGAUAAGAGCAACCUUAUUGUUUUGGAAAAUCCAAGUGAAAAUGAUGACUUCAUAGCCAACCCUGCGGCUGCGGCUCGUGCUGCUGCUGCUAUUAGUGAUGAUUCUGAUGUAACAGUUGGUUCUCAGUUACAUUUUCCUCAUGUGGGAAAUGUCCAGGGAAGGUAAAAAAAAUCAAAUGGGAAUCGGCAGAAUUUGAAACCCAUGUCGAUAACUCUUUUAGCAGUGAGGGGUUUGCUUCAUAGCUUUCAUUCAAGUUGGAAAUUCAUCACAAUCCUUUCCCCAACUCCUAAAAUGCUUUUGUUUUGUUUGUAGAAUGUGUUGUGCAGAUCUUUUUUAGUGCUUUUGUUUUUCUAUCAAGGCUUGUUGCAUAGUAAUGAAACCAAAAAAAUAAAAAUAAAAAUAAAACUUGUGAGCUUCGACUUCAAUAUUUGUUGUAUAGCAGCCGAGCAGCACUCCUGGUGCUUAAUUUGUAUGCCAUGGUGGGAGGAUUCCGACCGUGCCUUGGUGCUGCUUUAUGAUUGGAAAUCUACGUCCAAAUCAAGUCCUAUUAAAAUGGAUUCAUAUUGUGAUAAGGGAUUGUUCCAUUUUGAUAUGCAAAAGAAACAAAAGUCCAAAUGAGCAACG